CAGCCAUGUCCCCUUGCAGCCCAGUCUAGAUCUGUUGUGAAUUUUUGCCUCGGUCCGCGUCCUACCUGGUUCAGCCCAGCACGCCCCAAGUGUGGUGCGGGGGAGGUGGAGAGCUUGGACUUGGGGUCAGAGGCCAAAAGGCGGCCGCUUGGGCUGUGCCCACUGCUCCACGCUGGGACACCCGCGCCCAGGGCCUCCAGCAGCCGCGGCUGGUACCAAACUCACUGAAUCAGGAACUCUGUGAGGGUUCAGCAGUCGCGAAAGGAAAAGCAUCCCUGCCAUUCGGGUCACGGGGACGAGAGUCUCAACCUCGUCUCUGCGCAGGGAACAUGGAGGAAGAAAGAACAGCUGCUGUGUUACAGAAAAAUAUGACACAGGAACCAGUGGUCUUUGAGGAUGUGGCUGUGGACUUUACCCAGGAGGAGUGGGCUUUGCUAGAUCUCACUCAGAGAAACCUCUACAGAGAUGUGAUGCUGGAAAACUUACAGAACCUGGCCUCAUUAGGUUUUGAGACUCAACUUAAAACUAAUGAAUUAGUCGCUUCACAAGAUAUUUAUGGAGAAAAAAUAUCCAGUGAACAGAAUGUAGUAAGAUUCAAAAGGAGUGCUUCCUCAUUGUCCAUUUUACACAAAAGCUGGGAAUACCAUGGUUUUGAUUAUCAGAACAAAAACCAUGAAAGACAUUUGAGAAGUCACAUGGUGGAGAACAUUUAUGAACAUAAUGAAGAAAAUCAGUGUAGACAAACCUUCAGCCAUAUCUCAAAUCUUAAUAUACUCAAGAGAACUACUGAAGUAAAAGCCUAUGAAUGCCAGGAGUGUAAAAAGGCCUUCACAGAUCAUUUAUCCCUUAAGAAUCACAUAAGGUCUCACACUGGAAGCAAACCCUAUCAGUGUAAGGAAUGUGGGAAAGCUUUCCAUUUUUUUGCUUGUUUUAAGAAGCAUAUGAAAACUCCCACUGAAGAGAAACCCUAUGAAUGUAAGGAAUGUACCAAAGCCUUCAGUUGUUCUUCAUUCUUUAGGGCACAUAUGAAGAUUCACACAGGAAAGACAAACUACGAAUGCAAGGAAUGUGGGAAAACCUUUAGCUGUUCUUCAUCCCUUACAGAGCACAAAAGAAUUCACAGUGGAGAUAAGCCUUAUGAAUGUAAGGAGUGUGGGAAAGCCUUUAGUUGUUCCUCCUCACUCUCCAAACACAAAAGAAUUCACAGUGGAGAUAAGCCAUAUGAAUGUAAGGAGUGUGGGAAGGCCUUCAGUUCCUCUUCUCACCUUAUAAUACAUAUAAGAAUCCAUACUGGAGAGAAGCCUUAUGAAUGUAAAGAGUGUGGGAAAGCCUUCAGUGAGUCCUCAAAGCUCACCGUACACGUCAGAACACAUACGGGAGAGAAACCCUAUAAAUGUAAAGAAUGUGGGAAAGCCUACAAUUGUCCAUCCUCCUUAAGUAUCCAUAUGAGAAAACACACUGGGGAGAAACCCUAUGAAUGUCUGGAAUGUGGAAAAGCCUUCUAUCUUCCCACUUCCCUGAAUACACAUGUGAAAAAUCAAAGUAGAGAGAAACCCUACGAAUGUAAGGAAUGUGGAAAAGCCUUCAGUUGUCCCUCGUCCUUUAGAGCACAUGUGAGAGAUCACACUGGAAAGGUGCAGUACGAAUGUAAGGAAUGUGGGAAGGCCUUUAGUCGUUCCUCAUCCCUCACCGAACACUUAAGAACUCACAGUGGAGAGAAGCCUUAUGAAUGUAAGGAAUGUGGGAAAGCCUUUAUUAGUUCCUCCCACCUUACGGUACAUAUAAGAACUCACACUGGAGAGAAACCUUAUGAAUGUAAGAAAUGUGGAAAAGCCUUCAUUUACCCCUCAGCCCUUAGGAUCCACAUGAGAACGCACACUGGGGAGAAACCCUAUGAAUGUAAGGAAUGUGGGAAAGCCUUUCGCCAUUCUUCAUACCUUACUGUCCACACAAGGAUGCACACUGGAGAGAAACCCUUUGAAUGUCUGGAAUGUGGGAAAGCAUUCAGUUGUCCUUCAUCCUUUCGAAGACACGUAAGAAGCCACACUGGUGAGAAGCCCUAUGAAUGUAAGGAAUGUGGGAAAUCCUUUGUUUGUCCCGCUUACUUUCGAAGACAUUUGAAAACUCACACUAGAGAAAACAUAUAAAGUAAGGAAUAAGGAAACGUCUGCAAGGCUUUUUCAGAUCUUAGGCAGCACGUAAGAUCUCACACUAUGGAGACACCCUGUGAAUGUAAGAAAUUGUCGCUCAUCUUUUUGAAGACUUGAGAACUCACAACUAAGAGAAACACUGUGUAUGUAAAUCACGUGGUAACACCUUCAUGAACGUCACUUACUGUGUUCUAAGAAAAUUCAUACUAGAAGCAAAGAUCAGUGCCUCAUCCUAAAAGUGGACUACUGCUGGCUCGUUGAUUUCCAGUUUUAAUUUUCUGAUGAAUGUUUAAGGUGAUAAAUUUCCUCUAAUACCUUUCAUCUGUAGCUGCAUAUGUUUUAUGAGGUGCUUUGGUGUGGAUGUAAAUGUUAUUUCCAUUACAGAGUUUUUUUGACCUAUCAGGGAGUUGAAGUGUAUUUUUUUGUAUGCAGGCAUGAGUGGUCUUUUUUUUUUUAUUAAUUUCUAAUUAACUCUCAUUGUUCUCUAAGUAUGCAGUCAUUGUGGUAUCAACACUUCGGUAUUUGUAAUUUCUUUCAUAAAUGGUAAUUUCAUUUUGAUCUAGUAUGGCAGAAACUGGAAAUUGCCUACCCAAUAUUCCCCCACCCCUUUUUUUUCUUCUAAAAGAUUAUCAGUUUUUACUAUUAAAAGAUUUUCCUGUCUAAUAAGUAAUCCAGUGGAAAUUAAUAAGUACAAAGAUUUUGAAAGAAGAGUCUCAUCUGUUAUGAUAUUUUUGUAUUUUGUUCUUUGUCCUUGCUCAUGACUGGGAAUUGGACCCAAUGUUUUGAAUUUUUAUGAAAGAGAUCUUGUGUCAGGAAAGCUAGAAGUUGGUUGGGCUGGCUUAUGUUGUGUUACUUUGGACAUGGCUGGGACUACAUUUCCCAGAAUUACUUCCUUAUUCAGUUCCAGGUUAGAGCUGUCUAAAAUAAGAGUUUAUGUGAGAAUUGGAAGGCAGAGGGAAGAAGCCAUUAUUCUGAGUUUAGCAGGGCCAUGAGAUAGGAAGACACAUGCAUAGGUCCUGGUAAGCUCCAGUUUCCAGAUCAUUUUCCUAAUUAUUGGAUCCACUGAUCAGUACUGGCUCAAAACAGAACAUUAAAUGUGUGACUUCAGUUAUCUCAGAGGCAGCAGCUCCAUAGACAUUUCCAUAAAUUCCUCCAUCAUGGCCAUACACAGCUUCUUGGAUUUUUUCUGGCAAGUUCUUGCAUUGUAAUUUUGCUGAUAUUACAGCCCCUCUGGCACAUCAACUGACUGUAUAGAGUUGGCCCCAGUUUGGAGCAGGAUUGUUGUCAUCUGCAUAGUCCAGCCCCAUCAUGUCACUCUGCUCAAGGGGAAAAGACACAUCUGUGCAAGUUCCCUGUGAUCUCAAGACAAGAAGAAGACCUGUGGACAAUGAAGACCAGGUAUAAUUGAAGUAAGCAUCAGACAGGGUGUAAUCCCAUUUUAGUGGAGGAAAGUUUAUAUUUAACACCUUCAAAUGGGGAAGAGUGUAGUCCUUUUUUAUUUGAGAAGAUGAAAGCUAUUUGGUUUAUGCUUCUUCAGGUACAAUUAGCUACACUUUUUCCUUCCAUUUUAUUUCCCAUUUACCUCAAAAAGUAUAGCUGUACCGCUUCCCCUUUAUCAUCUUUUACUGCUUUGUUAAGGCAUAUAUACACUAAUAUGUAUGAAGUGUGCUAAUCUUAAGUGUACAGCUUGAUGAAAUUUCACAUUGUAUAUACCCUGAUAAACACAGAACAUUUCCAGGAUUCCAGAAAGGUCAUUCAUCUGCCUUCUCAAUAAUUGCUCCAUAGAGGCAAUUGCAAUUUUGGCUUUUAUUAUAAUUCAUUAGGUUUGCUUGUUCUUGAUCUUCAUGUAAAUGUUAAAAUACAGUAUGCACAGUUAUGCAUUUGGCUUCUUUUCUCAACGUCUAAUUUGCCUUUUAAUUGCUCCUUUUGCGGACUUAUGAACUUAUUUCUCUUGGUAUAUGCUAUGUAUAUAGGAAUGAAAUUACUGAAUCAUAGCAUAGGCUUUAUGUUUAGUUUUGGUAGGUAUUCCAGUUUUCCAGAAAGUUUGAUUCCACCCGUACUCCUAAAAGCAAUGCAUGAAAGUCCCAAUUGUUCUACAUACCUGGUCAGCACUUUCUAAUUUAGCCAUUCAACACAGGAUAUCCUAAUAUAUUGUUUUUGGUUUUAAUUUGCAUUUACCUGUUAUGUUAAUAAUGGUGAAUACUUUUUUAUGUGCUUGUUGGCUAUUUGGAUACCUUUUUUUUUUGGCUGUGCCACACGGCUUGCAGAAUCUCAGUUCCCUGACCAGGGAUUGAACCCAGGCCACGGCAAUGAAAGCUCAGAAUACUAACCACUAGGCCACCAGAGAACCUCCUGGAUAUCUUCUUUUAUGAGUGUACCUGUUGAAGCAUUUCACUCAUUUUUGGUUCCUUUUUUAUUUGAAGGGUUUCCUGUGGUUACUUGUCCUUUUUUAAUGUAUGUGUAUCUCUGUCUAUAUCUAGUUACAUACAUAUGCAUAAAACAUGUUAUAAUACAUGUAAAUUAUGUGUAUUAUAUAUAUGUGUGUGUGUGUGUAUUGCAGAUAACUUUUCCCAGUCUCUGACAUGUCUUCAUGCUUUUCAUUUUUGUAAACUAUAAAGGGAAUUUAUUGGUUUGUUACUGAAAAAUCCUUGGGUAUAAGUAACUUCAGAGGUGGCUGGA